UAAUUUGCACCAAUGUUUAAUAGUGAGAUCUAAACAAAACGUGUUUGGACCUGAUCGCUGAGGCAAAACAGCUGCAGAAUAAUAAUAAUGAUGGUGAAUGUUCUCUCGGAAAAAUGGUAAUAAGAGUGUAAGAAGCCAAGUGUGUGUAUGUGUGUACGUGUGUGUGUGUGUGUGUGUGUGUGUGUGUGCGUGUAUUAGCAAUGGAAACUGUUGUGUGUCCCCCUGGUGGAGACUCUGGCUCCCGCAGAAACAAAACAAAGCUGCAUUCAAGAGCACCACUCAGCAGUGUGUUUAGAUGAUAAAGCCUUGUACCUCAUUACAAGACGAAGGAUUUACACCGCAGGUCACCGGCUGAAGACACAGUCUGUCCGGUAAUCUUAAUCAAUCCAGUCCCGGUUGACCGUGUCCAGCAGAGCUCCGUCUCCCGUCCUUUCCGUCCUCUCUGUGCGGCGGGGGGACGUUCACAAGCGUCCUGCUCACAGAUGUUUCAUUAGGCAACACCGAGCUGCUGGGUGCCCACUUCCUGAAUCCACAGCAACAGGAGCCAGCAGACAUCGCAGCGGACCAUUGUGUCCCGAUCACCGCACCGAUCACACACCGAUCAGCGCAGGGCCAGCCUCUCGGGUCUGAUCUCCAGCGACGUCCUGCUGCCAUGGUGGAGACUCCAUCCGGCUGUGUGUUUGAGGACAUCCAGUAUGAAGACAUCCAAGUUGAAGCGGCUGUUGGCAGAGGGACGUUUGGAGUUGUCUUCAAGGCCAUAUGGAAAGGAAAGGAUGUAGCAAUCAAGACCAUCGAGAGUGAGAAUGAGAGGAACGCUUUCCUCGUUGAGCUCCGCCAGCUCUCCCGGGUCAGUCACCCCAACAUCGUGAAGCUGUACGGCUCCUGUGACAAUCCAGUGUGUCUGGUCAUGGAGUAUGCAGAAUGUGGCUCACUAUAUAACCUCCUGCACAGUGCCGACCCACAGGCAAACUACACAGCGUCCCACGCCAUGAGCUGGUGUCUGCAGUGUGCCGAGGGAGUCGCCUAUCUGCACUCUAUGAAGCCAAAGGCCUUAAUUCACCGGGACCUCAAACCGCCAAAUCUGCUGCUCGUGGCUCGUGGUACCGUGCUGAAGAUAUGUGACUUUGGAACGGCUUGUGAUAUUCAGACCUACAUGACCAACAAUAAAGGCAGUGCAGCCUGGAUGGCACCGGAGGUGUUUGAAGGCAGCAACUACAGUGAGAAGUGUGACGUGUUCAGUUGGGGCAUCAUCCUGUGGGAGGUCAUCACACGCAAGAAACCCUUUGAUGAGAUCGGUGGCUCUGCGUUCUGUAUAAUGUGGGCUGUCCACAGAGGUACGCGGCCUCCUCUGAUCAAAGACCUGCCAGAGCCCAUCGAGACCCUGAUGACCCGCUGCUGGGACAAAGAACCCAGCCAGAGACCGUCCAUGGAGGAGGUCAAGAACACCAUGAGCCAUCUGAUGAAGUACUUCCCCGGCUCUGACGAACCGCUCAAGCUCCCUCACCAGUCUUCACCCAACAGAAGCGGCUCUUCAUCAGCCACGAGCACAGGCUCGUACGCCGACUACACCAUCAACAGUAACAGGAGUGACGACAACGCAGAACACAGAAACUCAGUCGGCAGAGAAGAAACCCUGAAAAGCUUUGAGGCCAAAUUUCCACUCCAGUUUAAACCCUCAAAGACUGCCACGUUGCGUAACACUGGUGUGUCCAAGGUGUCCAGUGUAGACAGUCAACCAGGACGCUCCCAAAGCCCCACGCUCUGCACCAGCCCUAUAACCACCACCACCAGCCAAUCAGAGCUGAGGAUGACGUUUAGUCCCACAGCUACCAAUGGUUUAGACGGCUCCAUUCCCAUGGCCUGCCUGAAACUGGAUCACCAGUUGCAGCCCCUGGCUCCAUGUCCAAACUCCAAAGAGUCCAUGGCCGUGUUUGAACAGCACAUCAGGAUGGCUCAGGACUACCUUAAAGUCCAGGCAGAGAUCGCUGACCUCCUCCGGAAGAAAGAGGUGCUAAUGUCCGAGCUGGAGCAGGACCAGAGGGAGCAGCAGACUUCAUCUCGACUCAUCCAGGAGCACAGCAAGCUGCUUGAGGACAACAGCAGCAAGUCGGCCUACUGCCAGGGCCUGAGGAGCAAACUGAGCCUGAUCAAGAGUCAGAACCAGCACCACAGCUAGGACACGCAGUCACCGAGUCUCCUUCUGUGUUCUGUGUUUCUACUCUACGGUUCUCUUUCUCUGACGGAUGAGAGGUAUCACUCCAUGAACUGUAUACUCGGUACCAAAAGAUCACUCCCACAAGGUGUUGUCACUCCAGGAAAACAAGUGAAAUUUCUUCUUUUUAAUAAUUACAAUUUAUGUAUAAAGCAAACAUUUGGAUUUCCUAUCACAAAUUAAUUCCAAAAAUUAAAUAUGAGCACCUUUUGUUAUGUUGAGGUAAUGAGAUAAUUCAGUGAAAAAUAGCAGUUACCACGUCCUGUUUUGGCCUCCGUACAUUUGAUGACCAUAAAAUGUCAUAUUCAUUUCAAUAUUUCACCAUGGUGUUGAUAUGGUGGGACCAAUGACAUCCAUAUAGACUCUGAGAUGGACUUUCAUUCAGAAAAAAAAAACCUGAAGCUCCAGCAGGUGUCGCGGGGUCAGAAGGUGACUUGCCUUUUUAGCCAGUGAGUUUUAUUUUAAUGUAUUUUCUUCUUUUUUUUUGGAGUUGUUGAAAAGUAACUACGAUUGUAAUUUGUAAAUUCUUACUUUUAUAUAUUCAGUUUUAUCUCCCAUUGUAUUGUGUUUUAUGAAAAAGAGGAGAGGCACUGACAGUGUGGGCCGUAUCAUUUUAAACCAAUUUAACUGUGAAUACAAGACUUACCAAAGGAAUUCUGCUUCAGAGACGCGCUGCCUCGGAGCAGAAGAAAAGCUUUGUUGAAACGGCUGUUUGAAAUGGAAAUAACUGUAGAAUAAUGAACCUGGCAGACAUUUCUAUAUAUCUUGUUUAAUUUCUUUACACACUCGGUUAUAUUUCACAGAAUUAUAUUAACAUUAUUCUGCACUGCACUUAUUUGGGUCAAAGGAAAUGUGUUGUAGUCUCACUUUGGUGUGGUGAUUUCUACGACGGUGGGUUACUUUGGGAUGUUGUUUUUAAUGCAUUUCUUCACACAUUGCCUAAGGAUUGUUCUUGUACAGUUAAUUUUUUUCAUCUCAGUUUAUUUUCUAAAACAUUUCUCCUGAUAUUUUUAAAAUGUACAGACUGCAAUUAUAUGCUUUUAGUAAGUAAAACAAAUUUGUAGUA